GGCAAGCUGGGCCGGUCCGACGCGACUGGUCACGUCGCGAUUUGUCGUCGAGCAGACGAUUCGAGCUGUACUCGAGGCUAACCUGGAGAUCUGCGAGUCCGCCAGGAAGCUUUUCCGGAAGCUGUUGCGACUGUCAGCCGCGUGGUACAGCAACAUGACGAAUCCGUCGUCGGAACGUCUCAAGUAUGUUCACGACAGCAGCAGCGACACUGAAAACGACUACAAGGAGACUGACGGGAGAGGAAGACACCAUGUGAUUAAGAAUAGACUGAGUUGUGUCGGUGGCUCCGCGAAGCCGAAAUCUUGUCUGGUACAGAGGGACGGCAGCAGUGAUCGGCAGCACUGCCAUUCGUUUGGUUCGCUCAACAGAAAUCAUUCGCAGGACGCGAGCCUCGGCAGAAUCCGGUCCAACGUUGGUAUGGCAAAGAACCAGCAGCAGAGCCAAAGCAGCAGCAGCAGCAACAGGGACAACGUGGCGGCGGGUCCAACGGGGUCCGCCAUCAGCGGAGGAGGAGCCAGCAAUCCGCCGACCAGCGACGAGAGGAUCACCCUGAUCGUCGACAACACCAGGUUCGUCAUCGACCCGGCGCUCUUCACCGCCCACCCCAACACCAUGCUGGGCCGCAUGUUCAGUUCCGGGGUGGAGUAUGCGCAGCCGAACGAGCGCGGCGAGUACGAGGUCGCGGACGGCAUCUCCGCCAUGGUGUUCCGCGCCAUCCUGGAGUACUACAAGGGCAACGUGAUUCGUUGCCCGCCUACUGUGAGCGUGCAGGAGCUGCGGGAGGCGUGCGAUUAUCUUCUGGUGCCGUUCGAUGCCAGCACAGUGAAAUGCCAGAAUCUGCGUGGCUUGUUGCACGAGCUGUCGAACGAGGGCGCGCGCUGCCAGUUCGAGGUGUUCCUCGAGGACCUGAUCCUGCCGCUGAUGGUGAACAGCGCGCGACGCGGUGACCGCGAGUGUCACAUCGUCGUUUUGCUCGAGGACGACGUGGUCGACUGGGACGAGGAGUAUCCACCCCAGAUGGGCGAGGAAUACUCGCAAACCGUCAACAGCACGGCGAUGUAUCGCUUCUUCAAGUACAUCGAGAACCGGGACGUGGCGAAGCAGGUGAUGAAGGAGCGAGGGUUGAAGAAAAUCCGGCUAGGCAUCGAGGGCUACCCGACCUACAAGGAGAAGGUGAAGAAGCGCGCCGGCGGACGCGCCGAAGUAAUCUACAACUACGUGCAACGGCCCUUCAUCCACAUGUCCUGGGAGAAGGAGGAGGCGAAGAGCCGCCACGUGGAUUUCCAGUGCGUCAAGUCCAAGUCGGUGACGAAUCUGGCCGAAGCGACCGCCGAUCCCGCCCUGGACCCGGCGCUGACGUUGCUCGAGGCGGGCGCGCUGCCCCCCAGCCGCGCCGCCGAACCGCCUCCGCCUUUGGCGUACGUCGACGGACCCCCGGUGGCCGAUCCUGAUUUGGACCCGUUGCCGGCCGACGAGCUUCACAAUUUCACAAUAAAAAAGUCCGCUAUUGAGAAAUCAUAUUCCGAGGCGCUGCUCAAAAUAUCGUCCGCGUAUUUGAACAAAAAGAUACCCAACAUCCCGGAUCUUAAAGUCGAUGGAGCCGAAGAGAAAUGGAACAUGUGGAACGUGUGGCGAACGGUGCUCGAGGAAAACGAGAAACUGGCACGCGCUCACCUCGCCGCUGUCGAGGUCUUCCAGCAGCAGAUCGCCGACGACGCCAAGAGCCUCAAGAUGCACAAGAUGCAGAUCUCCAAGAAGGCAAUCGACCAAUUACUGAUAGUACAAAAGGAGCUGCAGACCUGCGUGCAGGACGUGGACAAAACGAAGAAAUUGUACUUCGACGAGGAGCACAGUGCGCACGACGUGCGCGACAAGGCGAAGGACAUCGAGGAGAAAUUGAAGAAGAAGAAAGGCUCCUUCUUCCAGUCGAUAACGUCGCUGCAGAAGAACAGCGCCAAGGUGAGCUCGAAGCGGGACGCCCUGGAGGAGAAGUCGACCGGAGCGCGCAACGAUUACCUGCUCAGCCUCGCCGCCGCGAACGCCCACCAGAACCGCUACUUCGUGAUUGACCUUCAGAGCACCAUGCAGUACCUGGAGCAGGGAGUCUACGACAAGGUGGCGGAGUAUCUCACCCUCAUGGGCCGCACGGAACUGCUCACGUGCAUGGCCACGCAGAACAGCUUCGGCAAGAUACGUGACCAGGCGCAGCAGCUCACCAGAGAGUACAAUAUCCAGUGUUGUUGUUUGUACUACCCAGUGUUGAAGCAACACAUCCAGUACGAUUUCGAGCCGUGCGACCAUGACCCGGUAGAAAGGAUAACCGCCGACCACGCGGCUGCGACCACUCUGGGCAAGGAGGCGCGUCGCUGGUCGACGAGGAUCGCCCGUGAAGUCAGCGGCAUCCGCGAGAACAACCGGAAGCUGCAGACGAUGCUGCAGCUUAAAGAAGCCGGUCAAAAGACUGAUCCGAAUGAUCCUAAUGGUCCAGAUUUAGACACUAAGAUCGACGAGCUGAGACACGCCAUUCGACGAGCAGAGACUGCAAAACUGAAAGCAGAAGCAAGGAUAGAAUGUCUCCGACACGGUGGGGUGAACGUGGACGAAUUUCUGCAAGAGGCCGAGACACUCAGCGUUCAGGAUAUGCCGCGCUCCGCCAGUUCCCUCUCGGUUAGAACAGACGCAUCUGGUGCCGCGGAGCAUCCGUCCUCAGACUCGUUCUACGACAGCGACGGUGACGGCGGCAGCGACCUGACGACCGUUGAACGUCCCGGAAGCGGCAGGAACGCGCCGCAGCAGGAGGAAGAAGUUGCCGAAGAGAGACAGAGGCACGACAGCGCCGAGGUCGAUGCAUUGUUGGAGCAGGAGAAACAACGAAUAGAGGAGUUGACGGCGGGUUGGGACGAUCCCACGGCGGUGGACUGGGACAACGAGGAGAAGGACGAGCAGGAGACGCACGAGACACAGGAAAUGAUCUCCAGCCAACCCAUUUACAAGUGCACUGCUCUCUAUUCAUACACAGCGCAGAAUCCGGACGAGCUGUCGAUCGUGGAGAGCGAGCAGCUGGACGUGGUCGGCGAGGGCGACGGCGACGGUUGGCUGAAGGCGCGCAACUACCGGGGCGAGGAAGGUUUCGUGCCGCAGAACUACCUGGACGUGGAGCGGGAACCGGAAGGGCCGACUUCCGGCGGGCUCACUUCGCAAGGCCCGGCGGGCCUGGUCCAGCAGAUCUCCUUCUCGUCCGUCGACUACACCAUCGACGAUCACGACGCUGUUGAUCCUGACGCGGGUCUGCACGACGCCGUCGCUGACGAUGUCAUUGUAGAAAAUCACAUCGGAGAGUUGGAGCAGUACUGCAUCGCGCUGUACGACUACGACGCGACUUGCGACGAGGAGCUGAGCUUCCUCGAGGGCGACAUCGUCCGGGUGGUACGCAAGGAGCCCCACGAAGUGGACGAUGGCUGGUGGGAGGGAGAACUACGGGGCCAGCGAGGCCUCUUCCCGUCUCUCAUCGUGGAGCCUUGCGGACCCGAUGGCGCCCCUUUGACCCCGCAGGACGAUAUAACGCCACCAAGUUCCGCGCCUCCUGUCUUCACCCCGCCGGAAGUGCCGGAGUUCUUGUUGGCCGACGAGCUCACUCAGAUCGAUGAAUCGCAAGAAGAGAAGCCGGCGGUGAACGGUGAGAGUGGUUUUGUGAUAAACCUGUCAAAGGACCAAAAGGACCAUUACGGCUCGCAGUUCGAGGAGAAGCCGGACGCGCCUGGUAUAUUAGUCGUGGAGAUAUCAGAUGAGUCGGGCGAUAAGACGGAAAAGGCUGAGGAGAACUUGAGAGCCGUUGAAGAGCCGGAUCAGAAAGACGAAUUCGGCCUGGGAGUGGCGCAAAUCGUUAUCACGGCAGCCACGCCCAUGGAGGAGGUCGAACAUCCGUUCCCGGGUGCCGAGGAGGCCCCGGAAGACCCGGUGAAGUCCACCGAGAGCUCGGAGGCCGACCAGGAGGCUUCCAGCGCCGCCUCGGAUCCCAACGAGAGCGAGUGCAAGGAAGAGGAGGAAGCCACUGUGAUCUUGGAUGAGAAAGAGGUCGACGAGGGGGAGGAGAAGUCGACGAUCGACGAGCUUCCAGCGGAUUCCGCGCCGUUCCCGAUCAGCAGUAGUUCCGGCAGCGAGGCGGACUCGACCGCUUCCGGUCCGAGUACGAACGAGAACUCCCAAUCGCGCGGAACGGUGGUGGAGGUGACGGAGGAGGGCGAGGUAGAGGAGGAGGGGGAGGAGAUGCUGGUAGGGGGUAAAAUGCUGGUCGGCGGACGGGCCAGCAUCCCCGAUGAGCUGCAGCCGGACCAGCUGGAGAAACUACAGAGCUUGAAAGAGUCGAAUGCCUAGGGUCCCAGCUGACCGGGCCGCGGCAGCCGGCCCGGCAGGCUCCUCGCCCUGCCCCAAGGCCACCCCGACCACUUCCGCCACCUGCUGAACUUCUGGCGCGCACCGGACGUUCUCACCAGAAAGGACUAAGGACUUCUCUGGGGAAGAAAAGGACAAGAGACUCGGAGAGACUGAUGAGACACCGAUCGGUGACAGAGAGAGAGACGAUCAUUCUUGCGGCUGUCCCGCCUUCGGGAAAGUAGCUUUCUUAGCGUCCUAUACAAUGAAUAGUCGCGCUUGCCAACCGCCCCUGUUUGGAAUAAGGUACGUUAAUAGAUUCGAGAGAAAUGUGAAUUAGUUAGCGCUCUCAGGGUGAAGAAUCGUCGAGCCCUGAUCGUCCUGAUAAUAAUAAUAGGCUGUCGAGAGCUGAGAGGGAUAGAGCUCGUGGAAAUUGCGAGAUCGAUCGGAGUUUUAGGAGAAGAGGGGUCGAUACACACGAUUUAUCGGGUGGAUUUUAACAUUGCGAUAAUCUGUUGUCGGAUCGCUAAUCUAUUAGGUAGAUCACCACGUUAAUCUAUUUAUCUAGCACAAUAAUCAUUGAUUUCGAGGAGAGGAGCGAGAGAUCGACGAGCACCCGGCGCCGGGACAGCCGCAGCGGAUGGAUGAUACAAUAUUCACGGUCACCAAAGGAUUCUAUGGGAGACUUUAUAUAAUGUCGCACCGAGAUUUCAAGGGUUCAACGCGACAGCAGGCCGAUCUGUUCUCAGGGUCUCGAGAAGAUCGAUGUUAAUUAAAUUUUCCCAAUUUCAAGCCUCCCGAAUCCUCCGAGGAAACAGCUCGGGCCGCUGUCGCACCUCAGACCUUUCAUUUCUACGUCGACCUAUUAAUAUAAAAGAAAAAGAAAUCUGAAAAUGCAUGAUCGCGUCGAUUGUCCUGUUAUUUGGGAUAGCUAAUUUCGGGUCGGCCGAAGACGACCCAUCUAGCGAACGAUCUGACGACGGAAGAGGGGGAAGUCACGAGUGCGAACGAUGUACAGUACGAAUAUGUACGGGAGAGAGAAUUGUCGAUACCUGUCGAUACUAGAGGGCUGUAAAGCGACGACGACACCCGCACGACGGUCGUCGGUGUACAUUUCAAGGGAAUUACACUGGUGUUGCAUGUAAAAAGGUGAACGACUGUCUCCUUUGAAUACCACUCUCUCUAUCCCUCCUUGGUUUCCUUAUUGAUCUAACGGAACGUAAUGAAUUGCUCAGCUCAACUAUCUUUAAUUAAAUAAUUCCUCCGGAGCACAAGGGUGCUUUUACAUGCUGCAUAACUUGCAUCGGACGAUCAAAUCCGCGGUGGUAAUCGGCAAUUGGGUAAUUGAGACGAUUUGAUUAGCUGACGCAAGUUACGCCGCAUGGGGAGGCCUGAGACGUCCUACGGAUUAUUCAAGUCGCACAGAUUUUUAUAUACAGGGUGUUCCAAACUAAUCUCGAUUCCCAUGGUGUGCAAGGAGAACAGGUGAAACUGAGCAAAAUGUCAUGUAAAUUCAUCAAUGUCAUCUUGCAAAAUCGCAGACGACGCAGUGCGAUGCGCGAUGUCCAAUGAACGGGCAGCUCUUCUGGAAAAGUAAUGUGCUCAUCAGAUAUCGCGUGUCGCGUCAUGCAAACCUGCGAAAGCCAUUAAAAGUUCCGGUUUACCAAAAAUGCUUUAACUCUUUGACUGCUAUGGGCGCAUAUAUGCGUCCAGCAAAAAUCAUCGGUGUGGCCUAUGGGCGCAUAUGUGCGUCCGACGCAAGCCAUCGAUGUAGACUAUGGACGCAAAUGCGCGCUCGGCGAAGGCUUUGGCUGUUUACUGCUGUAAUGUGUUGUCUGCAGGAGACAUAGAAGAAGGAGGGAUACUCCAUACGAGUGUACAAAAUGCGACGUCGGAUUAUGCGUUGAGAACUUGUUUUGAGAUUUACCAUACGCAAUUAAACUAUUAAUUUUCUUAUUGUUCUUAUUUCUUAAAAGAAAGUUUUUGUUUAUAUAUUGAGUAUUUAUGUUACUUACUUGUUAUUUGUUCAAUUUUUCAAUUUCCAAUAUCCAAACACAUACAUUAUAACUAUCAAAUUAUGGCGUUUUAAAACUUUACUAUUGGUGAAUAAACAAUAUAUAUUGAAAAUAAAAAAUGAUUGGAUUCAUUUUGCAGUGGACAAAGUAAUUGGAUUGUGUACUAUAUUAUAAUGUGUUAAUACGCCGCCGAUAAGAUCCAUAUUGCGCGCAAAAGUAUUCAGUCCUCAGCGAUCGCUACUGCCGGCCGUACGCCGCCCACGCGAAGCGCUUCAACUUAACCCUUUGCACUCCAGCCUAGUAAUGCAUAGAGGCUAUUA